AUGUCCUCCGGUGCGAAUGAGACUCGUCCGGCUUUGAAUCCUCUGAAGCGACCACGGCAAGAUCCAGUCUCAUGUCAGUUCUGCAGAUCGAAGAAGCUCAAAUGCAAUCGCCAAAGUCCGUGUUCUAACUGCGCUUCGAGAGGCCUUCCUUGCGAUGGUGAUUCUGCUUCAAAUGCACGUCGCCCUCUGGAAGCAACAGGAGAUGCAGGCGAGCUAUCUAUUUUGGCACGAUUGAAGCGGCUCGAGGAUGUUGUGCUGGGGCCGCCGCCUGAUUCGAAGCCGGAUGGCGUUGGUGCGAGCGCGUCUCAUGGUCUUCCAGCGAAGGCCGCAUCGUCGCCCAGCUUGGCCUGCGUCUCGCCCGCGGCGGAGUACCAGGAGGCUAUACACAGUCUGGAGGAGACAGGCGCUCGCGAUGCACCGUCGUCAACUCGAGGCCUCAACAUCCGGGUCAUGCCCACCCAUCAGAUUGCGGUUGAUCAAGACAAGCUCUUCCAUCUCCAGACGGCUUCAAGGUGUCUGUGCCUGCCACCAAAGGCUGAAGCGAGAGUAUUGUUCGACCACUAUUUCCAGUAUGUCGACCUUCUGCAGCAUGUCAUUCACGUGCCUACCGUGCAAAUGUCGCUGCAGACCAUUUAUGCCAGUCUAGAAAGCGGGCUACCGGUCGUCCCUUCUGAAGUGGUGCUGUUACUCGCCAUCUUUGCGAGUGCUGCUUCGCUCUGUACUUACUUUCCAGGAGAAACUCGAACUUUCCUGUCUUCUGCAGAUGCGCACCAAGCUUCUCUGUUCUGGACGAACUCUGCUCUGGAAGUAUUGGAAUUCACUCGUCGCACGGCAGCGAGACGGCUGGCAGACAUUCAGGCCGGUAUCGUUCUCGGUUUCCUGCUGUUUCACAAUGAAGGCUUUUCGACGCGAGCUCGCUGCCUCUUUGCCAGCGGCGUCGCAAUGGCUCGUGAGUUAUCACUGCAUAAAAUCGAUGCACCCAGCAACCAAGCAGUGGGCUCACCCAACAAUCAAAAUGCCUUGGAGACAGAGAUCAAGCGCCGAGUCUGGUGGCACACGGUCGCCACAGACUGGCUGCUGGCCCUGAGCGGAGGUCCGCAAGAAGGCACAUACUUCGUCCAACCUCGCCACAUGCGGGUGAACAUGCUACGUAACGUCGACGACGACGACCUAGUCCGCGACAACCCAACUGUGGACAAGCCCCUCUCGCAACCAACAGUCAUGUCAUACUACAUCCAACGGAUAAAGCUUGCCGACAUCUGCCGCGAUGUGAUCGACGUGAUGCCCUUGACCAGCUUCGAGCUCGGCACAGUCAACUAUCAAGAUGUGAUUAAUCUCGACCGCCGGUUCGAGACGUUUUUUCGAAAGUUACCGUCAUUCUUCAAGAUCGACGAGCGCCACAUACGCGAGAGCGAGCACAUCAUGCGUCAGCGCCCGCACAUGCAAAUCCAGCGGUACGUUCUGGGCAUGAUUGGCCUGACUCGCCGGUGUAAGCUGCACCAGCCAUUUCUUAUCCGCCGCUCUGUGGAACAUCACUACGACUACUCCCGUCAGAUAUCGCUCGAGUCGGCUCGAUCGGUGAUUCGGAUGGAGGACCUUCUCCGCCACGAGGGAGAGGAAGACUUCGUGACCAUGAGUGCGAAACACACGGGCGUUAUAUAUCACAUAUUCAUGGCGACAAUUGUGCUUGUGAUGGAUCUGUGCUUCAACCGCGUCACCGAGGGGGAAGACGAUGUCGCUCGCAAAGCCGAAGUAGUCGCGGCAUGCAAGAUGCUAGAAGACGGGAAGGCUGAAUCCGCGAUGGCCAGUAACUUCUUGGACUCGCUCAUGGACGUGCUGAGGAAGCAUAAGGUGAGGCUGCACAACAACAACAAUGCACGCCCACCUGUCGCGGCUGCCCCGACCGGUGCUGUCUACGAAGGGAACAGGCUUCCUGUGGUAACUCCCGCAGCCUGGUCGCAGCAACACCUCAACGGCGUCGUCGCUGGCGUCCCCAAUCGACCUGCGCCAACGCCAGAAACACAAUCGCAGAUAUUUAGUGACAGCAACGCCUUGCCCGUGCAAGACCCCUCCCAGCACUAUCUGUCGGACUUUGACGCAAUUUGGCAGGAGUACGUCGAGCUAGGACCGAACAUGGGCAUACCGGGAUGGGACAGUCUCUUCUCUGACCUGGAUUCAAGGUUUUGA